CUUAAGAGGAGGCGGCGCAGCUGCGCACGGAGCGCCGGGCGGCGUCUAGUUGCCGUAGCAACGAGCAGAGGCCGCCGGCGUGCACUUAUGUCGCUGCCGGAGCCCGUAAGGAGGGGGCUGGGCUCCUUCAGCCGGACCGUCUUCACGGACAACAACCGGACCGGACCCGGGAACAGCGCCGCCGAGAACGUUCCGGAUAAUGAAAUCGUCUCCAGUUUGCCCUUGCAGAUGUCCCUCUAUUUCAACCUCUGCUUUUUCCCAUUUUGGUGGGUCAGCAGUAUAGUGAUGCUGCAGCUGAAGUAUCCAGUCUUACCAGACUACUACAAGUUCAUCUUGGUGACAGUCAUAAUAUUAACCUCUCUGAUUGAAAUGAUCCGCUUGUACCUAGGAUACAUGGGGAAUUUGCAGGAGAAGGUUCCUGAACUAGCCGGCUUUUGGCUCCUGAGUCUCCUUUUACAACUGCCCUUAAUUCUCUUCCUGCUUUUAAAUGGAGGUCUGAAAAUCCAACCCUUGGAGCGAGCAGUGAAUAUCAUCUUUGUAGUCUUCCUUGUCUUCCAGGUUGUUAUUGCAUUCAUUGCCCUCAGAAGAAUGGUGAACCAACUGGCAACUCGCUUCCGUCUUCAUGAGUUUGACCAGCUAGAUAAUCAUUUCCGCUCUGAUAACCUAAGCUGGCAUAAAAUGAGAGUGGAUGCUCCAUGGGAUAUGAGGCCACGUGUGGAGGAAAUUCGCUCAACAAGUUCUAGUUGGACAUCUGCGGUGAGGUCUUGAUGCAGAACAGCCACCUGUCCAUCUUCCUUGGUUCCUGUUGCCUUAAUUAUUUGGGUUUCUGAGAAUCUGAACUUGUUCCAGAUAACAAAAAAGCUACUCUUCUACAAGAAACCUGUAAGAAAAGCAUUACCACCAGUGUCUUCACUGUGAGCCAAUUCUGUUGUGAUAAAAAAUACUAACACAUGAAAAAAUGUGACACUGGAAUGUAAAACCUGCAUGUAUUUUGCAGACAUGAUUCAUGAGCAGAAUCUCACAAUCUCGCCCAUGUUAUCUUGUGUAAUCCACAUGGAUGUUCCUUCCCCUGUAACACUUUAGCAUGCAUUCCUCUUUAGACAUUUUUCAGUGGAGGAAAAAUGUUACAUCAGCAGUAGCCCUCAGAUUCACAGUUCUUUUGGACCUCUGAAGGUCUUUGUGUUUUUAUACUUUGCUUAAUUUUUAAAUGUGAGUUCUUAAUAUUUCAAUAACAUAUUUCAAUAACUGUUGCAAAGGAAUAUUUUGUAAAAAUAAAUUGGUGUUAAUAUAUUCUAUUGAAAUAUUUUACUGCAAUUGGCUAUGGCAAGCUAGCAUUCCCCAUUGAAUGAUACUUUGCAAGUGAUAGCCACAGCUCUUCCAAUGUGUAUUGCUUCUCUGUGACCUUCUUUCUAUAACCCAAAACAGAAUUGCCUGAUGGACUUAUCUGAAGGAGAGUUUCAUUUUGAGAUAGUUCCAUGAUUACAUAGGAAGAUAGAGCUAUGAAAGUGUGCAAGAUCCACAGAUACUACCUUACAAUCUACAACAGUAGUGGCCAAGCCCUUGAAACUGCAGAAGGAAGACUGAAGCUGUUCCCCACUUCCGCUCUCAACUUUAUUUGAAUUUUAAGGCUUGCAUCAAUUCUACUGGAUCCAGCUUCUGUUCAGAAUUUACCCAUAAAUAUAUUAGUGGGGUAGGAGAGCUGAAAAUAAUGCCAAUAUAUUUCACGCCUGGCAACCAAUGUGCCCCUUUGGUUUCAGAUAGUAUAUGGGUAAACCGUAAAGGUAAAGGACCCUUAACAGUUAAGUCCAGUCGCGAACGACU